AUGUGUAAUCAUCGGUUUACAAAGGCGGAUAACUUUGAUGUGCACCUCAGUAGCCAUCCCCGUGAAGAGGGUCUUCAGUCUAUUAAUAGCACUGCUGCAUCAACAACACCCGCCUCAUUGACGGGUACCACCGCCUCCGCUGUCCCGCAACAACACGUAACCAUGGCAGGCUACUCCACAGUGAACGUGCCGCAGGAGCAACACCAGCAACAGGAGCUAGAACACCAUCAACAGGAGCCAGAACACCAGCAACAGGAGCCAGAACACCAGCAACAGGAGCCAGAACACCAGCAACAGGAGCCAGAACACCAGCAACAGGAGCCAGAACACCAGGAACAGGAGCCAGAACACCAGCAACAGGAGUCAGAACACCAGCAACAGGAGCCACAACACCAGCAACAGGAGCCAGAACACCAGCAGGCAGAAAACAACCAACAAACCCACCAUUAG